AUGGUGCGGACAUCCUGCAAACGCUUGAGGACAAUUAUAACCAUCUCCCCGCACUUGGGAGUCCUGGUUUUGUCUUGGUACCCACCUGGCCUGGCAGAUGACAACGGGGAGCCAUCAGAUAGUCUUGUGCCAUUUAUCUUGGAUGCCGCACACAGGUAUGCCAUAAAGGUUGCUUUCCACAUCCAGCCAUACAAAGGGCGCGAUGACCACACUGUGCAUGAGAACAUUAAAUACAUCAUAGACAAGUAUGGAGCACAUGCAGCUUUUUAUAAGUACAAGACCAGUACAGGACGGAGCCUCCCAUUAUUUUACAUUUAUGAUUCUUACCUGACACCCCCUGAAUCCUGGGCCAACCUCUUCACCCAGUCAGGCUCUCACUCCCUCCGCCAUACCCCGUACGAUGCAGUGUUCAUAGCACUGCUAGUGGAAGAAGGACACAAGCAUGAUAUUCUCUCUGCAGGAUACGAUGGCAUGUACACGUAUUUUGCAUCCAAUGGCUUCUCUUUCGGCUCAUCCCACCAGAACUGGAAAGCUAUCAAAGCCUUCUGUGACUCAAACAACCUGAUGUUCAUUCCCAGCGUUGGCCCAGGCUACAUUGAUACUAGUAUCCGCCCGUGGAACAACCACAACACUCGCAACCGAGUCAAUGGAAAAUACUAUGAAACGGCUCUGCAGGCUGCACUCAUGGUGAGGCCGGAGAUAGUCUCCAUCACUUCCUUCAACGAGUGGCAUGAAGGCACUCAGAUUGAGAAAGCGGUGCCCAAAAAGACACUAACACGCCUGUAUCUGGAUUACCUGCCUCAUCAGCCCAACAUGUAUCUGGAGCUGACCCGCAGGUGGGCAGAACACUUCAGCAAGGAGAAGGAGCAAUGGCUGAUGUGAUUAUUCUGCACAGGAAGCCUUCAGACAGCCUGUCUUUGCUUUAUGAAAAAGGUCACAAUCGGUUGUGGGGACAGGUGCUUAAGGAGCAGUUGGGAAAAGCAUCUUAUGGGUCACAGUCUCUGUUCAGGGCUGGUGGGUUUGUUCAGUUGGCUAAAUACAGUGUUCUCCAUGAACAGCCCUAAAGCUGGUUUGAGCACCAACUCCACACUCACAAGAGGAAAUGUUAGUGAGCAGAGGGGUCUCUAAGCAGCAGUCUGUUCUAUUGCUGCUGUGAGUUUAGUACAGAUGUCCCUUUUAAAGCCCUUCUGGAUCUGAACUGGCCUGUAAGUGACCAGGCCAGGGAAUGAAUGAGGGAGAGAUCUGUUUUUCUUACAGUGCAAAUGUUUAGUGUGGUAUUUUAGAUAUUAGCUGGGCUCCUACCCCCAGCAUGUAUUUUAUCCUAUGCCCUUCACCAGUUGCCUGCCGAUUACAUACUACACACUCCCCUAGCAGCUCUGACAGUGCACUUCUAUUAUUAGCUGAUUGAAGCAAAGAGUUAAUUGUUCCUCAAAAUUGUUUAUUGUAGAAGAAACAAAACCAUACAGUUAAAUACCCUUUGGGUGGUGUCAGUGAGCUACUGUAUCCAAAUAACUAAAAACAAUCAGAGCUGGAAUUUAACCUAUUAUCUGUAUUGGCAACCAAUGAACUGAAAUGAUCUGUACUAAAGGCUCUGUGUUUCACAUGUUCAAAACUUAGCCUUAACUUUGUUUUAUCUUGUCUCUAGAAUCAAAUGAAGUGCAACCACUUGCAAUAAAAUGUAACUGAAAACACUAAUGUGUUCUACCAGAAGGAAGUUACAUCACUAUAGAAUAAAUACCCUUUUUUGUAACUACAGUACAUCCAGGCCCUUCUACAUUUGUUGUUUUAAGAACUCAUUUGUACUUGUCUUUUUAUCAAUAAAGUGAGAAGUGGCAGCUUUAGAUCGGAGUUAGUGCACAAGGCUCUACCUUGUCACAUUAAUUAUGCUUAAUUUAAC